GUGACUUGGAUACGAUGGAUGGGAAGGAUUGGGAUGGGGAGAAAGGUGAUGUGUGGGGAUUAGUGGGUGGUGGUGAGUGGGAUAUAGAAGUGGGAGUAGGGAAGGAAGUAAUAGGGAUGACUGGAGGAAGAGAAAGUCAGAGGGAGGGUAAUUAAGGAGACCCUGGGUGGUGGGAAGGGAAUUGCGGUGGGUGUCAGUGUUGGGUAAUGAGGAGUGGCGUUAGGAAGAGGGGAAUAGGGUAUAGGGUGAAUUUGGAGGGGGGGAUGAUGGGGCAUUAGAGAAAUUGGAAGGGUGAAUUGUGAAAUGGUGGGAUUGAGAGGGGUUGGAUUUGGGUAGGGGACUGUGGGGAAGGAAGGGAUGAAGCUUGUGGGAACAGGCAAGAUGGAAUAGGGGUCAGAGCAAUGCCCCGACACUGCUCGGCUGAGGGCUGCACAUCACGGGACACUAAGGAUUCGAGAAUUAAUGGAGUCACGUUUCACAGGUUGCCCAAGAAGGGAAGACAUCAGCGUGAGAUCUGGUUGCUGAAUUGUUGCCGCAAGAAUCCAGAUGGGACAGUUCCGUGGGAUCCACCGUCGCAGUUCAUCUAUUUCUGUUCAAAACAUUUUGAGAAACACUGUUUUGAGCUUGUGGGGCUGAGUCGUUAUCACCGCCUGCGAGAUGACGCUGUCCCCACAUUAUUUCAGCCAUGUCCUCAAGCAAAGGUGGCGCUGAGUGGGGGACACAAUGCAAAAUCAUUGUCUGUACGCACCAAUGAAUGCUUCACUGAUGGCAGCGCCUGUUUACCUGCUCCUGAUCUCAGGAAUGCUGACACUAGCUCAGGGAUGGCCUUCAGCAUUUCUCAAGAUGGUUCUUCCUUUGUUCUGGGUUAUUCUGAUCCCCAAGAGAGAGUGAGUGAAAGUCUCUGCUUGUAUGAACCAUCAACUCCUGACAUACCACUCUCCAUAAACCAGCCGGAGCCAGAAGCCACAACUCCUGCUGUCAUUUAUCUCAUUGAAGUGAAUUCACAGUCUGUUGAGUUGGAGGCAGCUGGAAAUACAGAGGAAGCCUCCAAGGACAUCUCAUUGCCUCAGUCUGUCCUUCUGAAUGAACAAUCACCUGACUGUCAAGUGGAGCUGGAUGAUGACAGGGACCCUGUCCCCAUUGCGUUGUAUAUGGCUCGCAUUCCCAAUCCACCUCCCAAACCUGGUGCCUACAUUCCUGUUGAGCACAGUUACACUGUAGGCUGCCCACUGGUUUGGAAGAUGAAGGCAGAGGCUCUGAAAGAGGCCUUUGAGAAGGUCACCAAGGAGCUCCGGGCCAGCAGGAAGCGGGAGAGUCGUCUGCGGGCACGAAUCACGUCCAUCUUGAGACCUCAAAAUCAAGUGCUUCGAGAUGGAUGUACUGAAUUGGACUUAACUGAGGACUACCAGCCACAGUUUGAAGUAUUUGAGGUGCAAGUGGUGGAUGAGGCUGUGGACCUGUAGCUACAUUUUCUCUCACUCACUUAUUUAACCAGUGCUGCUGAUUUUUUGCUAAACAAACCAGCAGUAAAAUUUGUUGAGGAGAGGAGCGGCAAAUGUACGAUAGGAGAGUGGCUGGGGAGACGAUGUGGGAUAGAGGAAUGUGAAGCAAUGUGGCUGGAGGGAGGUAGAGUGGGGAGUUUUGUUAUGGUGAAUGGAGGAGAUUUUCUAAGCUCCCUCUGACUUGUGUGGAGUGACAGAAAUCACACCUCCAAAGUUUGAAUUAUGAAGAGUUAACUAUAAUCUGUCGCUAGGUUUUGUGGUGUGAGAUGAGGUGAAUUCUUGAACAUUUUACUGUUUAACGUAAAAGUAAAUGUUCUCACUGUGAUCUUAAUGAUUGAGAACAUUGGUUGUCGUACAAAAUACGAGGGUUCUAAAUCAUUGGUCUGUGUACCCUCAGUCAUUACCUCUGUUCCAGAAGGCCACAAGAAAUCGUACCACAUUGUUGCAGUUUUUCCAUUUGGUUUGCGGAAUAUUCAACCAUGUCUUUCAGCACACAACUAAGCCCAGUCGUGCCUCUUUCAACAGUCACCCCUGUGCAUUUUCUGGCAUGGAUACAGACAGAGAAAAGAAGGACUUUGAACCAGUUUUAUUUUUCUUUGUCACCCUUGCCAGCUAACACGCUGGAUAGUAAGGCCAAUUACAGUCCCCUCGCUCUCUAUUUAUAGACAAAAAAUAUUGAAAACAAACUUGCUGCAAUGACAGACUGCAGAAGCGAUUGCUUGUGUCUCAAUAUUACCUUGUAUCAGUGUUUGUAGAUUGGCUGGCUGUCUUGGGAUUCUGCCUGUAGGCUAUGACUGUUCUCCUUGUUGAUUUACCAUGGCUUUUAGGAAAGCUCAUAAUUGUACAAGAUAAAGCUGAUGUGAUUUGGCUCUUUCAAAAUGCUCCUGGCCAGCCUCUGAUAUUCUACCCUCCAUAGAGCUAAGGUUCGAAACCCCACUGACCACAUCCUCCAUCUUGUUAAGCCUCAUUGUGUUACUGUGCUGAAAAUCAAACCAUGCUAUCAUGAAGUCAUCACAAAGUUAAGUGUUUCAUGAAAGUACACAAAAUUCCCCCAAUUUACCUGUCUCAUAAUCCCAGUUUUCUGCACUUAGGAGGAAUUACUCUUUAUUAAAACUGAAUAGAUUCUAGCUACAGACAAACAAUUUUAUGUACUGGUGACCUACCUCUACUUCUUAAAACUCUAACCCUGCCUUAUAAACUGUUCUCCCCACCACAUAGAUCUAUACAGAUACAAACGUGGAGGAAAAGAUGUGUUAUGGGUGGAGCAAAUGACUAGGAAAGUAGUUCAAUGGUUCCUGUUCACAGGGUUUGCUAAGAUUGUUAUUUUGGCUUGUCAGGACAUCCCCAUAACUCUCGAUUAUUGGUGCUCCUGUAAUUCUAUCAUCUUGAACAUCCUCAAUUUAAUUGCUCACCAUUUACUGUUGUAUCUUCAGCUGCUUGCAUCCUGAGCUCUGGAAUUCCCCUUUACACUUUUCUUGUUCGUUCAUCCUUUAUGACAGAGGGGAGAUGGUCAAAAGCUUGAUCACUAACAUCUCCUGAUGUGGAUCAGUGUCCAAUUUUGCUUUAUUAUGCUUUUGUGAGCACCGUGAGAUACUUUUUGAUGUUAUAGGUGUUGUAUAAACACAUGUAGUUGUAGGUCAACGUUUAAACAGUACAAUACACACCGUUCAGGACA